AUGAACUCGUUAUUCGGCCACGGAAUCAAGCAAAUACAGAGUAUUAGAAAAGACCUCACGCAGUUAGAAUCAUCGUCCGAUGCACCAUUGUCAGCACAGGGCCAAGUAUCGGUGUCGCUUAAUGGGCUUCAACGAACCAUCGAUGAAUUAGCAGAUCUAAUAUUAAAAGAGACCAACGACGACUCGCAGGCGAAGUACAAAAAAAGACUAGAGAAGUUCCGAAGCGAGCAUUUAGAACUCAAGACUCGUUUUGAAUCGAUCAAGAGGCGUAAAGAAGAAGUGCAAUAUGAAAAUAGUCGAAGUGAACUUUUGAAUCGCGGAAGACAUAAUAAUACCCACGGCUUGGGCGGAACCACAACGUCAACCGACAAUCCAUACUCUUCGGCAUUGGGACAACAGCAACAACAGCAGCAGCAGCAGCCUAGAAUGAAUUAUCAAGAUGGUCUCUACAAAGAGCGUGAAUCUUUGGGCCGCUCCAGUGCCCAGUUAGACGAAAUUCUUGAAAUGGGACAGCGCAGUUUCGAUGAUAUUGUAAUUCAGAAUCAGUAUCUUAUGAAAUUUGAAAAGAAACUCACUUCAAGUCUAACAACUUUGGGAGUUUCCCAAGAGACGAUCCACAAAGUGGAACGUCGAGUUUAUCAGGACAGGUUCCUAUUCGCAGGUGGUGCAUUUAUCUUGUUUUUCUGCUAUUUCUUUAUCUACAAGUAUUUAAAGUAG